AUGUCGGGCCGCGAAGGUGGCAAGAAGAAGCACCUGAAGCAGCCCAAGAAGCAAGCCAAGGAUAUGGAUGAGGAAGAUACGGCAUUCAAGCAGAAACAGAAGGAAGAGCACAAGAAACUUGAGCUAAAAGCGAAGGCCGUAGGGAAAGGUCACAGGUGGAAUUAA